GCGAAUUUGGAGUAUCGUAGGCAGUUCCAAUGACAGGGCGCCGAUUACGGAACAGUCCGUUAUGAACCUUCUGUAAGGGAAGAGAUGUCAUAAAAAAACACUGGAAAAGUUACUUUUAAUAUUAAUUGACGAAUUGGAACAGAGAAGUAGGGGAUUGGGGACUUAAUGUGCACGUGAGAUAUUUGAUAUACGGCGCACGUUUGCCUACAUGCAUUGCUUCUCCCGCCUGAGGUCUCGUCCCAGACUAUUCUACCCAAAGACACUCUACAUACCCUACAUCAGCAGCGCGCAUCAGGGAUUCGCUACCAGAAACCGGGGGUUUCAUUCAACAACUAUGUCAGCACAACUCCCACCUAAGCUUAAGCCUGCUGCUCGAGUUGCAGGCCAAAGACAAGAUGUCUGGUCUAUCGUCAACGAGGCGGCGGCAGCCUCUCCAAAGCAGCCCAUCGUGAACAUGGGACAGGGCUUCUUCGGCUACAACCCGCCGCCCUUCAUUAUCAAUGCUGCCAAGUCGGCUUUGGAUCGAGUGGACUGCAACCAGUACAGUCCUACGAAAGGUAGGCCGCGACUAAAGAAGGCUAUCGCAGACGCCUACGAACCCUUCUGGGGACGGAAGCUCAACCCGGAAACCGAAGUUACUAUUACCACCGGAGCGAACGAAGGCAUGCUGAGUGCAUUUAUGGCUUUCAUUGAACCUGGCGAUGAGGUCAUUAUUUUUGAGCCGUUCUUUGACCAAUACAUCAGCAACAUUGAGAUGCCCGGUGGAAAGAUUGUCUAUGUCCCUCUGCACCCGCCAGGAGAUGGAGCAACGCGCACUUCGUCGUCUGCUGAGUGGAUCGUCGACUUUUACGAGCUUGAGAAGGCUAUUACGCCCAAGACGAAAAUGAUUGUCAUUAAUACGCCUCAUAACCCUGUUGGCAAGGUCUUCUCAAAGGGGGAACUUCAGAGAAUAGGAGACAUCUGCGUCAAGAAUGAGAUUAUUAUCCUUUCCGAUGAGGUGUACGACCGUCUUUACUAUACACCCUUCACACGAAUUGCAACACUCUCGCCCGAGAUCGAGAAGUUAACACUGACCGUCGGCUCGGCUGGUAAAAACUUCUAUGCCACUGGAUGGCGAGUAGGCUGGCUCAUGGGUCCUGAGCACCUAAUCCGCUACGUCUCUGCAGCCCACACGCGGAUCUGCUACUCGUCCGUUUCGCCAUUACAAGAAGCCUGCGCAGUCGGCUUCGAACAAGCUGAAGCCGAAGGAUUCUGGGAAGAGACGGUUCGGGACAUGAAGAAUAAGAUGAAGCUAUUCAACGAAGUAUGGGACGAGCUAGGCCUGCCGUACACAGACCCCGAGGGCGGGUACUUCGUGAUGGUGAACAUGCAGAAGGUCAAGCUGCCGGAGAACUACCCGUUCCCGCCACACGUAGCGAGCCGACCACGCGACUUCAAGCUCUCCUGGUUCCUGAUCCAGGAGGUUGGUGUGGCUGCUAUUCCGCCUACGGAGUUUUACACCGAUUCUAACGCGCAUAUUGCGGAGGAUUAUAUCCGUUUUGCCGUGUGCAAGGAGGAUCAUAUCUUAGAGACGGCGAAGGAGCGGCUUAGGGGGUUGAAGAAGUAUAUAGAGGGCUAGAUGGGUAGAAGGUAGAGUGUACGGGGAGAUGAGAUAGAUUUGCAAGGCGAUAGAUUUAUCAAGAUACGUUAAAGUUAAGGUAUAGCUAUAGCUAUAGCUAUGGGUGGUGUUUAGGUGCUGGCUGAGUGAACCUGCGUUUAUAAUACUUGAUCGACUGGUUACUGAGUCACGCUCAUCUUCCGCGUACGAAGUAUACAGCAACAACUGUGAGAACAUGGUACUAAUAUACUGUAAUCGUGAAUGAUUUAUAUAUAGG